AUGGAGCCACCUCGGAGGAAGCGCCUGAGGAGAGCUGCGAAGGCCCCGGUGGAGGCUCCGGGUAUGGCAGCCAAUGACUUUUGGGGACAAGAGAGAAGAGACCUGAGUGGGCCGGAGGCUGUUCCUGAAGGAAACAAUCCAGUACCGGAUAAGCCCGGGGAGAGCAGUCCUUCUGCAGGAACAUUUGAGGACGAUGUGGGGAAUGAAGUACAGAAGAUGCUGGAAAGGCUUGGAGUUGACAUUAAACAGGCUCUUCUCACAAAGAGAAAAAUGUUCGAAAUGGGUACAAAAGCUUCUAUCAAAAUCACUAACGAAACAAUUGAGCAUGUUUGGAAACUACAACAAGAACAAAGGCAGAAUCUUCAUCGCAAAUAUUCUCAGCAGUUUCUGACUUUGUUUCGGGAGUGGAAUGUAGACAUGCAGAAAGCCCAGAAACAACAAGAAAAACUAGCCGGAUACAGGAAGGUCACCAGUUAA